AUGUGUAACCCCCCAUUCUACGCGUCCCGGGAUGAAUUGAUAUCCUCUGCAGAAGCCAAAGAACGACCCCCGUUCUCAGCAUGCACAGGUGCCGAAGUCGAAAUGGUCACUGAUGGAGGCGAAGUCGCCUUCGUAUCGCGCAUGAUCGAAGAAAGUCUCGAACACCGCGAAAGCGUCCUCUGGUAUACGUCGAUGCUCGGAAAGCUCAGCAGCGUCUCAGUGCUAGUUGAGAAACUGAUCGAGCUUAAGAAUCACAACUACGCCGUCACUGAGUUCGUGCAGGGAAACAAAACGAAGAGGUGGGCGAUCGCUUGGUCAUGGGCGGAUCUUCGUCCAAAUGUGGACGUCGCGCGGUCCAUUUCCAACUUCCCGAAGCACCUCCUGCCGUUCCCAUCUGAGUACGACUUUGACAUUCCUACCGGAUCGAUCGACGCCAUCAGCGAAAAGCUAGACGCAGAACUCUCCUCGCUUCCCGUGCAGUGGCUCUGGCGGAGGAACCUAGGCACGGGAGUCGGAUUCGCAAUGGAGAAUGUCUGGUCUCGUCAAGCGCGUAGGAAGAUGCAAGGAUCCGCCGGACUGGCGCAUAAAGCAGAAAUCGACGAAGCCAAAGCGGCACUGGGAUACAAAAUCCAGGUGAAGAAAGAGGGGAUCGAGGACAAGGGAGUCCGUGUUGUGGUGCGGUGGCUCAAGGGAACAGAUUCGGUCCUGUUUGAGAGUUUCUGCGGCAUGCUGAAAAGGAAAGCGGAGGGUAGGUAG